AUGAACGACAGGACGGAUGGAUGGCUGCGAUGGCAGUCAGGCAGCCAAGAAGGCAGGCAGGCUGGCAGCUUCGUGUCCUCGCAUCCGAUGUCCUGGCUAACGAAGAGAAAUGUAGGGAAACGCAUCCCGUUGGCAGAGGCACUGGCAGCGGCAUCGGCAUCGGCAACAGCGGUGACUGUGGCAGCGUGGCAGAGUGGCUGUGGAAAAUCGGCAGCAGGAAAAUCGCCUUUCUGCCGCCGUUGCAGUGGCAGUGGCUUCGAAAGCAGCGCCUCUGAAUUUUGGCCAAUGCGUGUGCUGCUGGCUUUCAGUAAGAAAAGCGUCGCCCAGCGGUCUAGUACGAACGUAUACCGAACGCUUUGUAUAUCCUACAUUGAUAUUAAAACAGACGACGUUUGAGGGCACAAACUCCUCCUGGUACUCGUAUGACAGGAAUAUUUAUAAUUUCCGCUGCCA